GAGAGGGCACGAAUUUACGGCAAAAAUUUUAGUCGCCGUAGUUUUCGGUCGGUUCGGCGCCGUUUUUUUCUAGACAGGAACACAAAUUAAAUAGAGGAAAAAAUAAUACAAAAACUGCUCAGUUUUUGUAGCUUUUCGUUUAAUUAUUUAAACUAUUUCGGUUAUUUGUGCACAUUGACAGAGAGAGAACAAAAGAAAACCAAAAAAAGUAACACCACAUGUCUGGCUAACCUUCUUUUCGACCGCGGCGUAAAACCACAUGUCUGGCUAACCAUUAUAUUUUCGUUUUCGGGCGAUAUAAUGCUGCAGAGUGCUGUGAAAACAUAGAAGAAGCCUCCACUGACUGCACGGCAAUAACGAACAAUUGAAAUAAUAUUGCAAUUUGUGACCAUAUCAAUUGCAUUCGAUUCGCGUAUAAAAAAAAGAAUCGUAACCAAAACGUUCUAUCCUACUAUCCAAACCAGUGCGCGAGUGAGCGAGAGCGAAAGAGUCAGUGCUAGUGUGGUGUGUGCGGGACGAGUACGCCAGACCGUCAAAAGCAAAUACGAAAUACAAACCACAACAACAUUCGAAGAAUAGUGCGUAGUGAAAACGUGAAUAAGGCAACAUAACAAGAAGUGAACGACAAAACAUUUUGUGUAUCAAAUUCUUGUUUUUAGCCUCUUCGUUCGUUCGUUUGUGUUGUUAACUCAACUUUUCAAUUUGUUGAAAAACCAACUCAAAACAAAGUCGCGUGCUUUAGGGAGCCGCUUCAGGGAAACAGCAACAAUCUGGAGUAGUGCUUAGUGCAGAAGCCUACUCUGGAGUCUAGACUCGUUGACGCCAUGUCCAGCAAGGAGGAAACUACCACCACUGCUGGCCCAGCAGCCAGCAGCAGCGCCGCCACCACGUCAUAUGCCAAUGUUGUUCAGAAUCUGGACACCAAAAAGCCACGGGUAGCCGACGCUGCCGCUUCCGCAGCUGUGGACAAUAAGGAGAAUCAACCGAACUUGAAGAGCCUUAAGUCUUGGAGUGAGGAAACCGCUGCCGCUGAGGCUGCAGCCGCUGGUGAUACCCCAACAAUUGUCAAUCAAACGCUGGCCGGCGAGAAACGCUCUGCCGCCUCCGGUGGUGACAACACGGCCGAAAAUUCCUCUGAACUGGAUGAUAACAAUGAUUUCGUUCCGGUAAUUUCGCAUCAUCGACGUGACCGUAAGAAAGCACGCAAAGAUAAACCUGCAACUCGUGAGCAACAGCAACCAGGUAGUGGCCCUGGUCAGAAAUCUGUGGGCGGUGGAGGGGGCGGCAGACGAUCUGGUCAGGAAGGACGUUCUCGUGCGCCUCGCGGCGGUAGCCCACGUAAAGCGGCUGGCGGUGCAGCUGGUGCUGUUGGUGCUGGUGGCAAUGGCAAUGGCGGAGGAGGAGGAGGCAAGUCCUCCAAAAAAGAACGUAAAGCGGAUACCUCACCCAGUGCUAGUUUGGAAGCAACUAGCAGCGGCAACGAGGGUAAAUCUGCUGAUGGGGACUCUCAGUCUGCUGCUGCAACAGCUCCAGGAGCUGCAGGAGCAACGGCGGGAGCCGCAGGACAACAAACUAAAAGAUUUGUAGCAGCUCCACCACCAAAAGUGAAUGCUUGGAAGAUAUCAGCAACAGCAACUAAACAGACGGGAGGCAGUCCAAAGACAGGAACCUCACCAUUGGAUAAACGUGUUUUGCAGCCAAAGCCACAGCAGCAGCAGCAGCAGCAAUCCAAGCAACAGACUAUCAUCAGUAGCAACAAUACUAAUAAUAAUAGUAAUCAAGGCGCACAGCAGCAACAGAGCAGCAAUAAAAAGACACAAAGAGAGGGAGCUGCAGCAGCAACAACAACACCCACACAGACGGCAACAACAGCAGCAACAACAACAGCAACAACGACAACCACAUUGACAGCAGCACCACCCGCAACAAUAAAGAAAUCUGAAACAACAGCAGCAGCAACAACAACAACAACAACUGUUGAUGCCAGCAAAGCAGAUGCUUUUGCCAGAUCUGUUGUAAAGGACAAAAAGAAGGUCAAUCAGAAGGCCAGCGAUUUUAGCAACGUUGGUGAUUGGCCAACACUAAUUGGAGGAGUUUCUGGCAGUGGCAAAGCCCCCAGCAACGAACCCAAACGCAACGCAUCAGUUAAGAAACAAACAGCCAAAGUAGCCGCAACAGCAAACGUAGCCAACCAGCCCUCAGCAGCCAUUGUUACUCCAAGUCAAAUUGCCACAGAGUCUAAAGUCACUACCACAACCACCGCCACUAGCAGCAGCCAAAGCCAAGCAACAGCUGCCACAGUAGCAACAUCAUCAUCAACAGCAGCAGCAGCAGCAGCCGCCACUACCGCAACAGAAGCAACCAGCACAAGCACCAGGCAAGAUGUCGCCAAAGUUCAACGAGAAGCUAUCAUCGAACCAAGCACUGGCAGCAACACAAUUGCACCAGUUGCUGGCUCCAUUGCCGGCCCUGCCAUCAAUAAGAAGAUACCCAAGCACAAGUGGCGUCCGCUGCAAAUCGAUCUGGCAAAAUCUAGCCGUCCCAAGCCAAUUGGCGGUCGGCCAAAUCGACGUUUCAGCGACGAUCCAGCCGAACAACGGCGUCCGCCGCGUGCCUAUCACGAGCGUGGAGCGCCUACAGCAGCACGCGGUGGAGAGUCAGCAGCAGUAUCUUCAACUGCAGCAGCAACAUCAACCUCAACGGAGUCAACACGCCCACACGGCGGGGGUGGUCGGCAUUCGUACGUCUCACGCACGUCUGCUCCAUCCGAGCGCGUGGAUUCCUGGCGUAGCAGCGGCAGCGCCGUCGCCAACGAUGAGCAGCGCUCGGGCCCAGGGUCAACAGGUGGUGCCGGGGCAGCUGCCAGCGGGAGGGCACCGCGUCGGUUCCGCACGCCAUACAGGGGCGGUCGGCAAGGCCGGGGUGGAUUCUCAAGACAGGGACCAGGUCGUCCGACUAAUCGCAUACCACGCCAUUUGCUAGCUUCGGCCGACUAUGCUAACUUUUUGCCAGCGGAUGCAGCUGGCGCCGAUUCAUCGCAAUCCUCUUAUGUCCUUAUGGGCACUCACUACUUUGGCAAUGUGCCGGCUGCCUACAUUGAAAUGGACGCCAACAGUGUCAAAGAGGCCAUUAAGAAACAAGUUGAAUACUAUUUCAGCGCCGAAAAUCUUACCGGUGAUUUCUUUUUGCGCCGCAAAAUGGAUCCAGAAGGCUUUAUACCGGUCACUUUAAUAGCCUCGUUCCAUCGCGUCCUAGCCUUGACCACAGAUGUUGCUUUGAUUGUCAGUGCCAUUAAAGACUCGGACAAAUUGGAGCUACUAGAGGGUUACAAGGUACGGACCAAAACUACUCCAACCAUUUGGCCCAUAAGCGAUGUGCCCGACUUGAAGGAGCAAUCGCUGCCAGCGGGUGGAGAACAGACUUCAACCCAGCAGCAAACCGACUCUGAACCUGGAUCAGAAGAGUCGGGGGCACCGGUGACGGUUGAACCAGUGGAACCAGAGGUGGUGACACCAGCCAUACUGACAUCAGUGAUGGCAACCCAGCCAUUGACUAGCAUACCGCCACCGCCAGUGCCGCGCAAUUCGCAGAAUCUUGUGCCCAAGAUGCUGCAGGAGAAACAACAGCGGACAACAAUUGCCUCACUUAAUUCGGUGAACGCUAUCAGCGCCCUCACGCAACAUGUUGAAGGUGGGGCUGCUGAGCUGGCCGGACAUUUGAGUGGACUGGCAGAGAGUGUGAAGCCGCAGUCGUCGUCGACGCCGGACAAGAGGGGUGGAACAUCAUCUAAGGCUGGUUCGGGGGCAGUUGCUUUGGUGGCGGAGCCGGAGGGCAUGUGGAAAGAGGUAAAGAGACGCUCGAAAACAAAUGCUUUAAAAGAAAAUGCUACUAAAUCUACCAACAACAACACGUCCACGUCAACACAACAACAACAACAACCGCUUUCACAAACGCUCAACAACAACAACAACAAUAAUAAUAACAAUAACAAAAAUGUCAAAAUUGUCAAAUCCACCGCAAAAACCACCUCGUCCUCGUCCUCCUCGUCUACAUCCAACGCCACAUCCUCCAAUGCCACCUCAUCCACGUUAUCCACUGCUGUGUCCGUCGCCACUUCCACUACAUCCACCAACAAUGCUUCCUCCACAACAACCACAAACACCGCUGUCACCAACACCACCACAACCAACACCACCACCACCACCAUCAACAACAACAACAACAACAAAAAACCAUCUGCCAACGCUGCUUACUCCACCAACUCCAAAUCCUCCUCCUCCAAAACAGCUGCUGCGCCAUCCGCUCAGUGCCAUGCCGAAAAGGAAGAACUAGAUUUUCAAUUUGACGAGGAACUGAUGGAUCCCAUACCUGCCACUGGACGCAUUAAUAACUUCACCGAAAAUUUCUCCGACGAUGACGAAUCCGAUUAUGAGUUUGCCGAUCGCGACAUCAACAAGCUGCUGAUUGUCGCCCAGGUGGGGCGUGCACCCAAGCACGAGGGUUACGAUCGCACUGCCGAUUUCACUUCACGCACGAAAAUCACCCAGGAUCUGGAGAAUAUUAUCAACGAUGGUCUUGCCAAUUACGAGGAAGAUCUAUGGACUACACCGGCCGAUUAUCGCACUGUGAAUGUCAUCUCGCAAGCUGAUUUCGAGAAGUUGGCCGGCAAUCGUGGUCGUUUGGGUCCACAGCAACAACAACAACAACAACCUCCUCCACCGCCGCCUGCCUAUGUGGAUCAAUACCACGAUCCAGAUGAAACUCUUGUGGGUGACACUACGCUGAAUUCGACACUAAACUCCACACUAAAAUCAAGACGUGCUCGCUUUUAUGCCGCACCCAAUUCUCACUCGAUUGAUCCACGUACCCCGAGAAAACGCAAAUUACGCCACACGGCCAAUCCUCCGGUAGAAGCUCACGUCGGCUGGCUGCUUGACACCGUCGAGCAUCGGCCACGCACCACAUCGAUGGGCUCGUCGGCGGGCACUUCACCAACCACCUCUUCAUAUGGAUCGUUUGGAUCUUCGGUACCGCAAUCAUUGCCAGUAUUCCAGCAUCCAUCGCAUGCACUGCUUAAGGAGAAUAACUUCACCCAGCAGGCUUAUCACAAAUAUCAUUCACGUUGCCUGAAGGAGCGACGUCGCCUGGGCUAUGGCCAGUCGCAGGAGAUGAACACUCUAUAUCGGUUUUGGUCGUUCUUCCUGCGCGAAAACUUCAACAAGAGCAUGUACAAUGAAUUCCGUACCCUGGCCCUAGAGGAUGCCGGCAAUGGCUUCCGUUAUGGGCUCGAAUGCCUUUUCCGUUUCUUCUCAUAUGGCCUGGAGAAGAAGUUCAGACCGAAUAUCUAUCAGGAUUUCCAGGACGAAACCAUUUCCGACUAUGAAACAGGACAACUUUACGGUCUCGAAAAGUUCUGGGCCUUCCUUAAGUACUACAAGAAUGGAGAGAAGUUGGAAGUGCAGCCGAAAUUGGCCGAAUAUUUACAGAGUUUCAAGACUAUUGAAGAUUUCCGUGUUGUGGAACCCGAGAUCAAUGAGAUGCUUCAGGGUGUUGGCAGUCUUAAUCCAGGACGACAGCUUAAUCGGCAUCGUAGUGUAUCGGAGAGUGAUGGCACAGCUGUGGCCACAGCUGGUGGACGACGUCUCAAUACAACCAUUACCAAUCGCAGUGACUAUGUGGGACGUCUGCUACAGCAGCAGCAACAACAUCAGCAGCAGCAACACCACCAACAGCAGGGCUAUGGCGGCUAUAAUCAGCAGCAACAAAAUCGCAGACGCACCGGCUCCUUCGGUAGCAGCACUGUGCGCAUACGCAGUGGUUCCUUGGGUAACAAACCACAGAUUGCGAAUCGUAAUCAUCGUGAUCGAGAUCAGGGAUCUCAGCAUGAACUACGUCGCGGUGGUAGCAAUUCGGGUCUGGGUCCCAAGCGUCAGCAGCAGCAGCAACAGCAACAACAAAAAUCUAAGCCCCAGUCAACAGUAACAGUUCCAACAGCAGCAGCAGCAGGCACACAAGCGAAUGUAGUGCGAGCCUCCACCUCGGCGGCAGCAGCAGCAGUAGCAACGGCGACCUCAUCGUCCUCGUCAUCGUCGCAGAAAUAACUCGACAUACACACAUAUAUACAUAAAUUUUUCGAUUAGUUAUUAAGUUCAUUUACGACUUAGAUGGAAGCAAACAUUUUGUUUGAAUAUUUGCUUCCUUCUCUCUCUUUUGUUUAUUUUUCUUAUUAUUUGGUAGUAUUCGAGUCAAGCGUAAUAUGGGAAAAGUUGUCGUUAGAGUUUAGCCUAAAUUAAGUUUAAAGAAAAAAACAUUUGAAAUUUGUUUAUUGCAAUUUGCUUAGUAGUUGGUUUAGUAGUUAUGAUACAUUAUUUUUCUGUUUGUUUCUCACAUCUAAUUAAAAAGAAAAGAAAACAAAACAAAAAGAAAACGAAACACGGUUGCUUAUAUGAAAUGCUCAAUGUUAUUAGCACACAACCAAAUUCACCUACAAACAACAGUAGCUACUAGCGGGUACUGUUCUCUUUCUAUGUACCAGUGCCAGCCAGCUAGAUUAUUAUUAUUAUUAUUCUUAUUUACUUUUUGUUUGUUCAAUUAUCUCGUAUUUCCUACUACAAUUACCACUGAAAUCAGCUUCAAUUGUGUUGUAGCGUAUGAUGAUAAUAAUUAAUGUUUUUUUUCACAACAUUAACUUAAUCUAUCUGAACUGGAAAUUAUAUAAACAGCAACAAGAUUCCCAAUGAUCUUUA